AUGUUCCAAUCAUUCACAGGCAGCUCUCGUCGCCCGCGACAGGUGAACCUCAGCGGCCGUGCCACUAAUCCCUUUGCUGCAUUCCCCGGAAACUCCCCUACUCGAUCUACCCCUCAUGCCGCAAACCCCGAGACCGCAGUCGCAAUUGCCCAGCGCGAACGGCUCCUAAGGCAGCAGGAGAGAGACCGACAGACGGCGUCUCGCGUCAUCCAGCGAGUCUGGCGGGGCCACCGGAGCAGAACAGCAACAUACAAGGAGUGGAGGUCAGAAUGGGACACAUUUGAAUGGGAGAGGGCCAAGCAUGCUUUGAGUUUAACCGAGGGCAACGAUAGGGCUCCAACGACAGAUGUUGAGCGUCUGCAGUGUCUUUUGCGUUGUUCUCCACCACCAUACGCCAAUGCAGAGCAAUGUCUGAAUCAACUCAGGCUGUUCGUUCAGUUUGUGGGGUCGCCGAGGGACUUAGAAGACAUCCUACGUCUGCUGUACUUCUGCAGGGUCUUUGAGAAGACCUUCCACACCCUGCCUACGAUCGCCACGGAAGGUGAAUGGACCGAGCUCUUGAAACGGCUGGCAAUCGCUGUUCUGUAUUCCCUCGGCUCGGCAACGAAUACUUCAACUCAUGGAGAAGCGGUGUUACCUCUCCUCCGGACGGUGAUUUUCUUGGUAGACUUGAUACCGAAGAAGAUGGCAAUGAUUGCCAACACCUACUACCAUGCCAUGGCACACUUGACAAGGAACCUUGUCUCUCUGAGUGAUAAUCUGGCACCAGAACAUGUUGUGAAUGCUGCUAUUGCCCUUUUACGGCCAAUCACAUCGGAAACGAUGGCAGCUUAUGAAGCCUUUGCCAUUUCAUAUCUGAGCGUCCCGGACUUAGCGGCCUAUCUUGGCGGACUGGAUGGAUUGGCCCACCAGAUCAACUACAAAGUACUGGCUUCGGCGGUUGGGUCAUGCAUGCACCCAGCGAAGGCAAGUUCUUAUGCCCUUCAGGACGUCACGGCUCGAAGUUGGCUGCUUGCAUACCUGAUCUACUUUCAUCGAUACGCCCUUGGUGGUCAGGCUAACAUUGGAGCCCCUGAUCUUGGUUUCUUGACUGUAGUAUCUGAGUUGCUGAACUCAACAGCUGCUUAUCUCACACGGUGCUUGGAGACAGAAGAAUCCAACGAAACCGACUCAUCCAACGGUCCUUCUUUGCACCCAUUCGUCAAGGACCAAGUCACCAGCCUUGUCAAUCAAAGUAGCAUCACCGGAUUGCUUUCACGGAUCAGACCGUCCCACCUGACCCAAACAGAUAUCUCCAACAGCGAAUCUGGCUCGUCAAAAGAAGCCAAGAUUCUUGCCACAUAUGCCUUGAACUUGUUGAGGGUAUUCCCUCGACGAGGAGAUGAUAUCCGAAUGUGGUUGUAUCUGGGUUCGGCUCCUUCAGGCGAUCAGGUGUCCGGCCAACCAAGCACGAAGAUCCCAGCGAUCAAGUACUUCUGGCAGGCAUCUAGAUCCAGUCGGGUUUUUGAUAUCAUUACAAACGAACCGACCAAAGUUCUUUCGCUAUUAGAACUCCCGCAACCGGGUUCACGCAUCGAAAUCCCACAAGAGGAUCGUGACCAGGAGUGGACAAUCAUUCUCCUUUUCUUUGAGCUCUACACAUUCCUUUUGAAAGUUAUGGACGACGAAGAAUUCUUCUCGAGCGCAUCCCCGUUCACAGCCUCCUCUAAUACCAAGUCCUCGUGGACGAAGGAAAGCGCCCUGCCCCUCGAAGAUGUCAAAGCGAUGACCGUCUUCCUCAAAAACCUCGCCUUCACCCUUUAUUGGAACUUUGCCGCCUUGAGCGACAAAGUGCCUGUUCCGACGUCCACCGGUGACCUUAAAAGCUAUUUUAACACCGCGAGUCAAGUUCCCGAGCAAAUGGAGCGGUUCAAUGAAAUCCAAGCCAAAGAACAACUCAAUGAUCUCCCAGGCGUCACAGGUAUUCCCCUGGACUAUUUCAAAGGGCUAGUCACAGGAUUGCUCAGAAUGCUACAUGAGCGAGACUCACGGAGAAAGUUCCUUCCUAAAGACCAUUGGCUUAUGACCGACCGAUUUGACAUGGAAGGGUUUAUUCCAGCCGUCGUGGGAGAGGAAGAGAAACGCCACCAAUUCCAGGAUGACGAAGACGAUGAGCCCGAUCUUCUAGACGACGAUACCGUGGAGCCUUUGGGCAUUGCCGGUUCUAACCACGCCGUACGAACAAUCCGCAUCGAAAACCUACGACGUCGUCAACGGCAGGCCGCUCGUGGAAAGGCCCUUGCUGCUAUCGCGCCUAGGCUAGAGAUUCUCCGGAACAUGCCCUUCUUCAUCCCGUUCGCUACCAGGGUGCAAAUUUUCCGCCAAUUCAUCCUCAGAGAUCAACAGCGCCGCCGAAAUGGAUUUGUUGAUCCUGAGACUUGGCGUCUCUCUGUAGCCCAACAAUCCAUGAUGAACAGUCAGUUCAAUGCCCCAGAUGUGCUGGCCCGGCAUCACGCCGACAUCAGACGUGAGAGUGUGUUUGAAGAUGCGUUCUCCCAGUUUUACGGGCUAGGUGAUGGUCUCAAAGAGCCCAUUCAAAUCAGUUUCAUUGACCAAUUUGGAUCAAUGGAAGCCGGUAUUGAUGGGGGUGGUGUGACAAAGGAGUUCCUGACUAGUGUCACAACCGAGGCUUUCAAGACUGACGAUGACGGGAGCAUGUUUGCAGAAAAUGACCAGCACCUGCUGUACCCAAACCCAGCAGCGGUCGACCAACUCAAAGAACUCCUCAGUGAUGCUGGACUUGCAAAGACGAGUGCCGAGUGGCAGGACAAUGUGCGUGGUCUUCUUCGACGCUAUGAGUUCCUCGGACGUGUCAUCGGAAAAUGUCUCUACGAAGGGAUUUUGGUGGAUGUCAAUUUCGCGCCCUUUUUCCUGUUGAAGUGGGCACUCACAGGUGGUACUGGGUCUGCAGUGAAGGAAUCUUCCUACCGUGCCAAUUUGAAUGAUUUGAAGGACCUUGACGAGGGACUCUACCAGGGUCUGUUGCAACUGAAGAAUUACCCCGGCGAUGUAGAAGACUUUGCUCUCGACUUCACAGUCAACAACACAAUUCCGAUGCCCGGCGGCACAAAUCGAACUACCACAGCCGAAUUGAAGCCACAGGGUUCACAAAUUGCCGUGACAAACAAGAACAGACUGGUCUACAUUUCCUACAUGGCUCGUUAUCGCUUGCAGGUGCAACCUGCGAUGCAGACCAAUGCUUUCUUGCAAGGUCUCGGCCAAAUGAUCCAACCGGCCUGGUUGUCCAUGUUCAACCAGUCCGAGUUGCAAACGUUAGUGAGUGGAGAGAACGCCGAUAUCGACGUGGAGGAUCUCCGCCGAAACACCAUGUACGGCGGCGUUUAUGUGAUCGGCGAUGAUAACCUAGAGCAUCCGACCAUCCAACUGUUCUGGCAGGUUCUGCACGAGAUGACCAACGCCGAGCGACAGAAAGUCAUCCGGUUUGUCACGUCUACCCCUCGAGCACCACUGCUGGGAUUCAGUCACCUCAAUCCCCAUUUCUGUAUUCGAGACUCGAGUGAAGAUGAAGAGCGACUACCGAGUACCAGUACUUGCGUCAAUCUUCUCAAGUUGCCGCGGUACUCGGAUGCUCGCACCUUGAAGACUAAGCUGCUGUACGCAGUCAAUUCGGGAGCUGGAUUUGACUUGAGUUGA